UGUUUUCCUGUUAUCGUGUUACCAAAUUAAUUUUUUAGGAAAAUUACUUGCCCGCAAAAAAUAAAUGCUUCCGACUCUAAAACGUUUAGGAUUGCCCGGAUUGCUUGUUAGACAACGUUGCCGUAGCAUUGCGUUCAGUCAAAUUUCAAAAAUGAGCAGUAGUCGGAGUGUUUGUGGUACUGAAACGGACCUCGUGUGGAUGGACCUCGAGAUGACCGGCUUGGACAUAGAAAAGGACAAGAUACUGGAAGUAUCCUGCAUUAUAACCGAUCAGGAACUAAACAUCAAGUCAGAGGGCCCCUGCUUCGCUAUUAAUCAUCCGCAGGAGGUGUACGACUCUAUGAGCGAGUGGUGCAUAAAGCACCACAACGAAUCUGGCUUGGUCAGCCGCUGCAAGAGCUCUUCGGUGAAGCCGGACCAGGCCAACGAUCUGAUCUUGUCCUAUCUGAAGGCCAACAUCCCCCAGCGGGCAUGCCCUCUCGCAGGCAACUCUGUCUACAUGGACCGACUUUUUAUCAGGAGAUUUAUGCCACUGGUGGAUGAAUAUUUGCACUACCGCAUUGUAGACGUGUCCACAAUAAAGGAACUGGCGAGGAGAUGGCAUCCUGAGGUUGUUCGGAACGCUCCGAAAAAGAUCUUUGCCCAUCGCAGCCUGGACGACAUCUACGAGAGCAUUAGUGAGCUCAAGUACUACAAGCAGAACUUGUUUAAGUAAAUCCAUCUUUAAGCGAACAGAUGUAUGUAUUUUGCAAUUGAUUUGACUAAUGAUCCCAAUUAUCUACCUCUAACCAUAUCCACUUCCCAUGGAUAGUAAAUUUUUAUGUUCAUUGAGGCUUUAUCAUUUAGUUUGUUAUUAGUCUAUUUUAUUUAUUGGCGUACCUAUAAUAUUUAACAAAACAAAAAUACUCCGUUUUGUUUUGUAAAUACAAGGGGGUCCAUUUGAUAUUUUGGGCUUAUAAUAUUGGCAAUAUUGCUUUAAAAAAAUGCAUAUAUAUAUAAAAAUCUUUCACUGAAUCGUGCGAAUAUGCACGGAGAAACAAAACUCUAUCAUAAGAAAUAAGAAUACGAUUGCAAUAAAAAACUCGAAGCUA